GUUUCGCCGAAAUGCCGGUCGGCUCCAGCCUCUCAGGGCUACAGACUCCUGGUAGCCUCCCACCUUUAACCCGACGUAGCCUAUAUAUUUAAACGUGACGUUGCGUUAAGGGGGUGAACACCGGCACACUUACCGCUUUGCUUCUCAGUCCCGGAGGAUUUGUUCCUCUCUGCAGCGCCCUGCAUUGCAACGGAAUGGGAGCUGAAUGAAUUGAAAGUCGGUCGUGGAUACAGGCUGAUGGACGAGGAACAACAGUAGGAAUAGAAGCCUGCAGUAGCCCGAUAUAGUGUUGAACGCCGGCAUGACCUACAUACCACAGAGCUUCAUGGAGCGUCUUCAGGACAUCUCUGCGGAUGGAUACAGUAACUGACGUCCUGUUCAACCUUGUAACAUAGUCAUAAGUGACCUUCAUUUUUAUUUGCUGCUGCAGGACUGUCCAUAACAAGACACGUGAAUGUGCAUACGUUCAAUGCAAAAUAAGGGAAGAGCAUGAAAAGCAUUGCAUGCUGGAUGUUUUGCUAACCUUCUGGAGUCAAGAGGAAACCAAAGGGAAAAAUUACUCAAGCAGGUGGCUCUAAAAUUUACUCUCGGUAUACUGUUGGACUAUACGCCAGUUUUGCUCUUUGGAUUAACCUCCAGCUCAUGAGGCCCACAGUGGAGCUGGGAUCAAAGGUCCAAAGACAAGCAGGGCUGAAAGGUCUUUUUAAGCAAGCAGCCUGUAGAUGCCUUAUCCACUCGUAAGUGAGAGAUUGUAUGGCAGUCACUAAUUAUGCUGUGACCAGCAAUAAAGUUAACAGCCAAGCAUUAAAAAGUGAGGUGCUGUGCAGGAAAAGUCAAAGAGAUAUCGUUGGCUUUCAGCAACAUCAACUGUCGCCAUUAUGCUUCUGAAAUGCGGGCAGCCGUUACCGCUUCUGAAGCAUACGGAUGUACCGCCUCGGGUUAUAGAGAACUUCAUCCUGACUGGCUACCGCUUCCCAAACUACAGCCUGAGGGAUUGCUUACUAUCAGCAUUCAGGCCCACUAAUGAAACAGGCAACUUCUGGACACACUUCCUCCCAGUUUUCAUUUUUUCGUACUAUUUUGUGGAGGUUUUUGGUUGGGAAGGUGCGCCGCAUGGUGACACCCCGUUCUUCUACCCAUUGUGGAACUACUUUAUUGGGGUGUUCUGUCUGUUAAUGGCUAGCAGCAUGGCCCACCUACUUAACUCAAUGUCUCUGGUGGUUAGAGAAGUCUGCUUCUUUGUGGAUUACGGCACUAUCAGCUCCUACACGGUUGGCUCAUCAUUGGCGUACUACUACUAUAUCCACCCCCGGGCAGGGAUAGUGGAGACAGGAGGCCACAAUGGCUCCCAUAUUGACUUGAAACAUGAGCCUGCAGGAUCUCUAACAUCAUCCUAUGCAAUCUCAGAUUUCAGUGUGUUCUUUGAGACCUUCUACAUCCCAUGCGCGUGUGUUGUUGCAAUCAUUUGCGUCUUAUCUUGCUGCAAUACUCGCCAAAGGUGGAGGCGACACAGAUAUCUCAUCCGAACCCUUGUUUUCCUCCUCCCAUUCCUCGUGUCUUCCACACCAGUCUUCUACCGCCUCCUAACCAGAUCGCCAUAUGCCACCAACUCCUCCUCCUUUGCUGCCUCCACCUCCACGGCCAGCUUCUUCUAUCGCCACUGCCUCUGGCUGCUGGUGUCAGCCGUCUUCAACAUCAGCAAGUUCCCUGAGCGACUAGCCCCGGGUCACUUCGACAUCUGGGGGCACAGCCACCAGUGGUUUCACUGUUGCACCUUUUUGUCCAUUCUCGACGAACUUCAUAUGAUCAAGACCGAGGUGAGGGCAAUCCUACUUAGCCCAACUCUGCUGCUGCCCCCUGCCACCCUCUCCCGCCUACCUGGACCUACUAUAGCUUCCACCUACGGGGUGAUGCUCCUCCUCCAGACCACCAUCAUCUCCAUCAUUGUGUGGUUCUCCUGGUGUGCCAACUGCAUCUACGGACCCCAGAGAGACCAGCUAGCUAAGGAACAUUCCAAGAAACACCUGAAAUGCCACUGAUCACACAUCUUUUUUUUAUCAUCCCAACUGUGAAGUAAGAAUUGCACAUGCAUACAGAGUAAUGCCGCAAAGAAAAGCGCACAAGUAAAACAAUAUUUCCCUCCUCAUUUCAAGUCCCUCAUAUGUUCCAACCCCUUAGAGAAUAUUUUUCAAGCUUUCAUAAGCAGAAAUCAGGGACAACGGCAGAUGAAAGGAUUAUAUUCUGAACGCACCACAGGGUGGCUGUCUGGUUGAGUGGAUACUGAAAGACCUUGCCAGUUCUUUCCCCUGAGCUGCUCCAGCAUGUUCCAACAGGAUGUCUGAGCAGUGGCGAUAAUAACUACCUCUAGGGACUGCACACUUGAGGACACAGGAAAGGUGUUGGUACCCAGGAGAACAUGUUUCAUAAAACAUUUGGCUGAUGUGGUUUAAAUGUCAGCGUGACAAUUUACAGAAGUUGCUGAUGUGUAGUCUGUUGUUAAGUAGUUCCUCCUGCUGCACUUCCCCCUUUCUCUGACCUUGAACAGCAUCUUUUAAAAAAAAACUCUCUGCUAUGGUUUAAACUGUUGUUUCACACUGACUGAAUCUUUUUCUGGGCUAUGCUAACCACACCUCUUCUUCUGACUUUCAUGAACGCUCACACGCAAUCUCAUUUCCUUUCUCUUCAAGUGACCCUUGCAGCAGGCAGUGCAGUGGCCUUGACGAAGCAGCAGAAAUAGCUGAGAGCUCAUAUCAGUCAUACAGCAAAGCACUUUCAGCAGGCCAGUCAAACUUGCCCUGUCAUUAAGAAGCCAUGCUCGUGUUUAACCUUAAGGGAUGUGUAACAGUCUGAAGCAUACAUUGACAUCCUGCUGACAUGUUUUGCUGGAAUACUUGGGUUAUAUAGAUGUGAGUAGUGUGUAUAGUGAAUACAUCUGCUGUAUGAUUUGUAUUCAUUACGCUGAUGGCUAGUUUCCAACAGAUUAUGUUCACACUGCAUAAAGUCCUUUAGCUCAGAUUAAAUGUCAUGUAAAUCAGAUGUUUUCUAAUCAGUAUGAAAAGCUGUUGGGCCUGGUACACACUGUACAUGCAUAUCUUUUUGCAGACAGCUCAUGUUCAUCAUUCAAAAAACAUCAGAGGAACAGUGUGAAAGCCUGCUUUGCGAACAUAGAUGAAAUGAGGAAAUCAAAGGCUGCUAUUUAUAUCAUGUGAUGUAUAGCAACCUCUCGGAGUAAAAGCCAUACUUUGGAAAAGUGAUAGCUGAAAUAUUGGCAGUAUUGUACUGUUGUACUACUUAAUCAGGAACUUCCUGAAUAGAUUUGCACUUCAUAGAUAGAUAAGGUUAAUAUUUCACCCAGCAGUUUGUAGCUGUCAUGUAUUUAUCAUAAUAUUUAAGUCACAGAGCUAAGCAUACAUCUUUCAAAAAAUAUAUACACCCCACAAUCUUUGAAAAACCCAGAGGUUAUUCAAUAGCACUCACAGCUUUUCUGACGGUCCUGACACAAUCCUCAGUGCCUCUCAUACAGGGCCCCUGAAGUCCCUCAAAAGUUGUAUUAUCGGUUUCAUUAUUAUAUCAUAGCUCUAUACGAAAAUACACUUUUCUUGUAUUUUACAAAAUAAGCAAAGAGAGGUGUCAUUUUUUUGGUUAGCUGGAUUAGAAGCAGAAAGGCAGAUAUGGAAACAGGUUCAAUUUUUUUUAUUGUUUUUUUUUUGCAGCAGCCAUUUUGACUUGUAAUAGUUGGAAAAGCACAGGUGUAUUUAUUAACAUUAAUGAUAGCUGCAUCCUUAGGGGAGGUCCUGACAUUGUUCAUGCUAUCUCGCUUGAAUAGCUUACUGGGACACUUAAUGGAACUGAGCCAAUGCUCAUUGUCAUAUGCUGUAAAGCCCCCUGAGGCAAAUUGUGAUUUGUGAUAUUGGGCUUUAUAAAUAAAAUUGAAUUGAACUGAAUUAAUCUGCAGUUUCACCUGUGCUUUUCCUACUAUGACAUGUCAAAAUGUCCGCUGUGAAAAAGGGAUAUUAGAGCUGUCCAUUUUUGCUUUUGACAGGCCGACACCCAUUAACUAGUAACUAACUAGCUGAUAUUUAACAACAGCAACAACAAAAAAUACAAGAGGCCUUUUGUUUUAAUCUGGUGCUCCAUUGCCUUAGUGAGCUUUAGCACUGCAUUUCAAAGUGCUGUCCAUUUAGAUUUGGUGUGACCCAGCAAUGCUGUUGGGUCAAGACAAUGUCAUAGCAAGUACUGCAAAAUGAGCAGCAUUGCUAGCUGUUUAGCUCCUACCAGACCUGGGUGGUGCGCAGUGCUGUAAAGAGUAGCAAAAUUAACCUAUAGGCAGACAUGUUUAACAGCUCCAAAAUAUCCUCAGGGGUUAACUGAUUAAUAGUUGACAUCUGUAAUCCCGAUGGACAGAAAAUUGAAUUUUCAAAGCAACAUUAUGUGUUGUUAAGGAUAUUGAUGCACAAUAUUGGAUCUUGUGCUGAUUUCUGAUAUGCUGUUAUAUAACAACUUCUAUAGCGGAUAUCGAUACAUCCACUUUUUUCUGCUGCCUAAUUUUAGUGAUUGUCAAGUCUUUUCUGUAGUGGAAUUAUCAUUUUAUGCAUGCAUACUCUUCUCGUGAUGGCCCACCAGCAGAUGGAGACAUGAAAUAGAAUGCUUAUCAAUGUAUGUAAUCUUCAUUCAUUGUACAAAAUAAGAAAAAUCAUGUUGGCCAAUUCUGAUAGUUCAUUUUAAAGCAGAUAUUGGCCAAUACCGAUGACGUGCAGAUAUUAUUGCGCAUCCCUAUUUAAAGACCUUCUGGGUUUGCAAAGAUCACUGGGUAUUAAUUAUCUUAGAAUGCCUGGGUCUGCAAGAGCCAUAAACUGAGGCCACCAUGUUGAUUAAAUGCUAACAUUGCCAUAGCAGCUUAUUUUAAGAAACUUUUAACCACACAAACAGUGUUUAGCCAUAAAUUGUUAGCGGGUACAGUAUGUCAUUGCUGUAGCUUCAUGUCAGGAUAACCCACGUCUGCUUUCCUGUCAUUCUUCUUAAAUCUGCUACUCAACAGGUCUUGUCAAUAUAUUGUCUAACACAUGCUUAUGUCAGUGAUAAGCAUUAUAAUUUGUUUAGUCUGACAAAAUUCUCGUCAUGCUAGCUAGUUUUCAUUUCUGCUGGGUGAUAUGUAGUAGUCAUUUCUAUUCAGUCUGUCUUCAACAAAAAUGAAUGUGGUGGGUUCAAGAGCUCAAAGUGUAGGUAAACAAGACGCUUAGUGCUGCUGUGUUCCUGAGCCUGACCUCCCUGAUGAGGGAAGAGGAAAUAGGAUUUCAGUACAGAAUUAUGAAAAAGAGUUCCUUUGUUGUUUUCUUUGCACACUGAAAAUGGAUCAGUCCUGUCAGUGCUUGGAUAGAGAUUAAUGUAUGUUUUCUCUGUGUUUACUUGUUAUUCUGUCAUGUCCUCUGUGGUGUGUGUCCCAUCAAGCAGUCCUUUUCAGAGGGGAGUUACAUCUUAGACUGUAAGCUCUUACUCACGUCACAUUUACAUGUUAUUAAUUCAUGUUGAUCACUGUCUAAUUUCAGAAAUGUUAUGAUUACUGCUGAAUUAGCUCUACUCAUAUCUGCACAUUUACUUAUGUUUUGUUGCAUUCACUUGCACAAGAGAAAGUGUUUAGAUGAAAGCUGAGUUGUUAAUUAUGUACGACACUGGAAUGACAACACAAGGACCAUAUAUGUGAUAAUCAUGCUGUUACGGUGCACUUUAAAGCUUCUGUAAAGCUCCUCCAAACGUUCCUUUUAUAAGGGUCAGCCCUGCAGUACUGUAUUAUUUCAGCACAUUUCAGGUUUGCUUUCUAAAGAAUGAACGAUGCAUCCAGUAUUGAAGCGAUGUUUCUACCUCAAUAGAGCACAUGUGUCACUCUGUCACUGAGAAGAACAUCGUAGAAACAGAUGUUGUCCACUCAUCUUUUUAGACUGUGGAUGCCACACUUGAAUCUAUUAAAGUUCAGUAUGUGAAUGUUAGACUUAAACACUGCUGUAUCUUACCCAGUCAAGCACUCAGAGGUAAUUGAGGAACGAUACUCAUAUAUUAUUUACACAUGCAUUUAAAGGUCCUGAAUGCGACAUUCAGAGCAUUAAUAAAGCAGCAACAUUAGUAUUUGCUAUGUAAAGAUAUAGUGGAGUAAUGGUGUUAUAGAAAACUCGCGCUCCCUCUGUGUGUGUUGUAAUCCGAGCUGCUUUGUGGAGGAUAAUUAUAGAUUAUAUAACUUAAUGCUGAAUGAGUGACAGCUCACCUUCAUUAUGUUAACAGAUGUGUCAGAUAGUACUAAUAUGGAUGAUUUAACAUUUAUUGAAUAAAUUAUAUGGAGAAUUGUCA